UCAAGAAGGAAGUGAGUGAGUGAGCCGGUGAGUGAGGUUUGGCCGAACAGGACAUGCAGCCACGUGAUGAGGCCUGCCUUCCUGAAAUGUCAAGUUGUUGGCUGCUGAGUGAGGGCGGGCUAGGAUACAUAGUACGCACUAAAUUCUACGCACGGUAGAAACCUCUGAUGCCGUCCUCUUUCUACGCCCUCGUCCUGGGCAAGUGUAGCUUCCCUAUUUCAUGAAAGUCGGCCAGCAGAAGAAGAACCAACCUCCCCCGCCAGUGUCCGCCGUUGUCCGUUUUCUUUUCCCGUUUUUCGUUUUCUUUUUCUUCGUGUCGUCCUCCCGUCUGUCCGGUUUCGUCUGUUCUGUUCUGUUCGGUUACGCCUUGUCUCUUUGGUUCUGUCGGUCCGUCUGUUGUGUUUGUAUCUCUCCCUUCUUCAAGAUGAGUGGGAACGGUCGUCUCCCAACCGAGGGCGGAAUGAAUGACUACAUCAACGAGUACCCGUUCCUCCAGCACCCGACCACGGCCAAUGAAAACCAAUGGGCAGCAGGGGCAGCAGCAGCAGCCAUCUCGGGGCACCAGGCGGCCGCCCUCAUUCACCACACGCGGAACCACGCCCACGGAAUCACCCAGUCCCUGAAAGAGCAGGGCGUCACGCCCACAAAGUCGCAGAACCAGGUCCAGGUACACCUGGCAUUCCUGAGGGACGCCUACGAGAACGCCCAGUGGCACCACCCGUCCUAUCCCCCGACCCAGAGC